CAGAGAGCGAUCAGUUUUUGAGUUGACUUCGAGCCGAGCGGACGCGCGUCUGUCGUUCAGCGGAUAGAAAAAAAAGAAGAAAAUAAAAAAUAUCGCCUCGAGAAAAUUUAGAACACAAUUUAUCAAUCGCGCUAUCGCACCCCCCACUUGGAUUACGGUCAACGCGAAACUACAACAGAGAAAUAAAGAUAUAGAAAUCGAGAAACGAAAGCACCUAAACCGAAAUCAAAAGAUAUAAAAGAAAAUUGUAAUAGCCAGCGGAAAGAAGAAACAAGAAAAAUCGUUUUAGAUAAAGCAUUAAAUCGCGUUGAUGUGGUGUUGUGAAAAGUGGCGAUUGUGCAAAGCUGCGCUAUAAAACCAAAACAAAAUCAAACAACAAAAUCCCCCAAAUAAACACAAGCAAAAUGGGCGAGAAAUAGAACGAGCAGUGAAAGACCAAAAGAAGCCCUCCCCGUAUAACCCCCUUUGAAACAAAAAAACCAACCGAGAAUCGAAGCCCCAAUUCGAAGUUUUGGAACCAUCCAAAAUGCUGGCCACCACCCACAUGCUGUACGUGCUGAUUGCCACCUGGGUGAUACCCAUUUUCGGGGCCGCCCUCAGCAAGACGGUGUUGUACCAGGCGCCCGACGAGUGCCGCUGGUCCGGCGGCGGGGAGCACGACAUCACACUGGUCUGCCACCUGAGGACCAUCAACUCGGAGCUGGAGAACACCAACUUCAGCGUGAUCCAGCCACAGAACACGGUUCGUCUGCGCUUGGAGUGCAACGAUGCCCUGUUCUUCCAGAGCAGCCUCAGUCCUGACAGCUUUAGAUCGCUGGUGGAGCUCAGGGAUCUCACCAUCGAGUACUGCAAGCUGGGCAACCUCACGGAUGGCUCUUUUCGCGGUCUCCAGGAACUGAGGAACCUCACCAUUCGCACGCACAACGGCGAUUGGUCAACGAUGUCGCUGGAGAUGGCCUCGAACAGCUUCGUGGAGUUCCGCCAGCUGGAGCGAUUGGAUCUGAGUCUGAACAACAUCUGGCUCAUUCCCGAUGGCAUGGUGUGCCCGUUGAAGUCCCUGCAGCACCUGAAUGCCUCGUACAACAAGAUCCAGGACAUCAGCAACUUCUACUUCAGUGCCUCGCUGAGUUCGCGAAAGGCUCGCGUUUGUGGAUCCACGUUGCAGAGCCUGGAUUUGAGUGCCAACAAGAUGGUCAGCCUGCCCACGGCCAUGUUAUCGGCUCUGGGGCGACUCACCCAUCUGAACAUGGCCAAGAACAGCAUGAGCUUCCUGGCCGAUCGCGCCUUUGAGGGUCUUCUUUCGCUGAGGGUUGUGGACCUUUCGGCCAACCGAUUGACCUCCUUGCCGCCAGAGUUGUUUGCGGAGACCAAACAACUGCAGGAGAUUUAUUUGCGAAACAAUUCCAUCAACGUCUUGGCGCCCGGCAUCUUUGGCGAACUCGCUGAGCUCUUGGUUCUGGACUUGGCCAGCAACGAGCUGAAUUCCCAGUGGAUCAAUGCCGCCACUUUUGUGGGUCUCAAGCGGCUAAUGAUGCUGGACUUGUCGGCCAACAAGAUCAGUCGCCUGGAGGCGCACAUCUUCCGUCCUCUGGCCAGUUUGCAGAUCCUGAAGCUGGAGGAUAACUACAUCGACCAGCUGCCGGGUGGAAUCUUCGCGGAUCUCACCAAUUUGCACACACUGAUCCUCUCGCGCAAUCGCAUCUCGACCAUCGAACAGCGCACCCUGCAGGGUCUCAACAAUCUGCUGGUGCUCUCGCUGGACUUCAACAGGAUUUCCCGGCUGGACCAGAGAUCCCUGAUCAACUGCAGCCAGCUGCAGGAUCUCCACUUGAACGACAACAAGCUGCAGGCUGUGCCCGAAGCCCUGGCCCAUGUUCCCCUGCUCAAGACACUCGAUGUGGGCGAGAACAUGAUCGGUCAGAUCGAGAACACGAGCAUCACCCAGCUGGAGAACCUCUACGGUCUCCGGAUGACGGAGAACUCCCUCACACACAUCCGGCGAGGAGUUUUCGAUCGGAUGAGCUCGCUGCAGAUCCUCAACCUGUCCCAAAAUAAACUGAAGUCCAUUGAAGCGGGAUCGCUGCAGAGGAACAGCCAACUUCAGGCCAUCAGACUGGAUGGCAAUCAGCUGAAGUCCAUCGCUGGCCUAUUCACCGAACUGCCCAACUUGGUGUGGCUGAAUAUCUCGGGUAAUCGCCUCGAGAAAUUCGACUACUCGCACAUUCCCAUCGGUCUGCAGUGGCUGGAUGUUCGGGCCAAUAGGAUUACCCAGCUGGGCAACUAUUUCGAGAUCGAGAGUGAACUGAGUCUCAGUACCUUCGAUGCCAGCUACAAUCUGCUGACGGAGAUUACGGCCAGCUCGAUUCCGAAUAGUGUGGAGGUGCUCUACCUGAACGACAACCAGAUUUCCAAGAUCCAACCGUACACGUUCUUCAAGAAACCCAACUUGACGAGGGUCGACUUGGUGAGGAAUCGCCUGACCACCUUGGAACCCAAUGCUCUUCGCUUGUCCCCAAUUGCCGAGGAUCGCGAGAUCCCGGAGUUUUACAUUGGUCACAAUGCCUACGAGUGCGAUUGCAAUUUGGAUUGGCUGCAGAAGGUGAAUCGCGAGUCGCGAACUCAGCCGCAGUUGAUGGACUUGGACCAGAUUCACUGCCGUUUGGCCUACGCUCGUGGAUCCUCACAUGUCUCUUUGAUUGAAGCCAAAUCGGAUGACUUCCUGUGCAAAUACGCCUCGCAUUGCUUUGCUCUGUGCCACUGCUGCGAUUUUCAGGCCUGCGACUGCAAAAUGGAGUGCCCGGAUAGGUGCUCCUGCUACCACGAUCAGUCCUGGACCUCCAAUGUGGUUGAUUGCAGCCGGGCUUCCUACGAGCAGACUCUGCCCUCCCACAUUCCCAUGGACUCCACUCAGCUGUAUCUGGAUGGCAACAACUUCCGGGAGCUGCAGAGCCAUGCUUUCAUCGGUCGCAAGCGGCUGAAGGUGCUGCACUUGAACCACUCGAGGAUCGAGGUGCUCCACAAUCGCACUUUCUACGGACUCUUGGAACUGGAGGUGCUUCAACUGCAGAGCAAUCAGCUGAAGGCGCUCAAUGGCAACGAAUUUCAGGGAUUGGAUAAUCUGCAGGAGCUCUAUCUGCAGCACAAUGCGAUUGCCACCAUUGAUACGCUCACCUUUACGCACCUGUACCAUCUGAAAAUCCUGCGAUUGGAUCACAAUGCCAUCACCUCGUUCGCCGUCUGGAACUUCCUGCCGAGUUACUUGAACGAGCUCCGAUUGGCGGGAAAUCCGUGGAGUUGCAACUGCGAGUUCAUCGACAAAGUGAGGGAGUACAUGAACCGCCACGAGUAUGUGGUGGACAAGCAGAAGAUGAAGUGCGACAUGAUCAGCGGAAACAGCACCCAGCAGAUGGUCAUCCAUCCGGGAUCCGGAGAGGCUAGUUCCCUGCCAGUUGUCCAGUGCAGUCAGACCUUGCCUUUGGGCCUGGACAACAGCUUCAAUUACGCAGAGCAGGCGGGUGGCGAGAAUGCCUCCAAUGCCACCUCCACCAAAAUGAUCUUGAAUCAGCCGCCCAAACAGGAUUACAUACCCAUUCUGGUGGCCAUCUUGACCUGCUUCAUCUUCGUGAUGAUCUGCACUCUGCUGGUGUUCAUUUUCCGGCAGGAGAUGCGAGUGUGGUGCCACUCGAGGUUCGGAGUGCGGCUCUUCUACAACGCGCAAAAGGAUGUGGAUAAGAACGAGAGGGAGAAGCUCUUCGACGCCUUCGUUUCGUACUCCUCCAAGGAUGAGUUGUUCGUGAAUGAUGAACUGGCACCGAUGUUGGAAUUGGGCGAGCAUCGCUAUAAGCUCUGCCUGCACCAGCGGGACUUUCCCGUGGGUGGCUACGUGCCGGAAACCAUUGUCCAGGCGAUCGACAGCAGCCGGCGAACCAUAAUGGUGGUCAGCGAGAACUUCAUCAAGUCGGAGUGGUGCAGAUUCGAGUUCAAGUCCGCCCAUCAAUCGGUGCUGCGCGAUCGUCGCCGGCGAUUGAUUGUGAUCGUGCUGGGCGAGGUGCCGCAGAAGGAACUCGAUCCCGAUCUGCGUCUGUAUCUGAAGACCAACACGUAUCUGCAGUGGGGCGAUAAGUUGUUCUGGCAGAAGCUGCGGUUCGCCCUGCCGGAUGUCUCCUCGUCGCAGCGAUCGAAUGUGCCCGCCCAGAGUUGCCAUGUGCCGAUCAACCAUGCGGCCUACCACCACCACCACCACGUCCACCAGCAGGCGAUGCCGCUGCCCCACCCGGUGCACCACCAUCAGCAGCAGUUCAUGUUGCCGCCGCCGCCACAGCAACCGGGCAGCUUCCGCCGGCAACCGUCGUUGCACCAACAACAGCAGCAGCAGCAACAGCAACAGCAGCAAUUGCAACAGCAGCAACUUCGCGGCGUCAACAACGCAACAUCGCAGCAGCAGCAGCAGCAACAGCAGCAGGCGGCCUUGCUGAUGGGCGGUGGUUCGGUGGGUGGGCCUGCGCCGCAGAUGAUUCCCCUGGCGGGUGGCAUCCAGCAGCAGAGCCUCCCAUUGCCACCGACCCAACCGACGCCGGCGUCUAGAAAUCUGCACAUGUGAGUGGGGUAACCAAUAAGUGGAGGGUCAGUGGAGCUAGAGAGUCAUGUUCUAUGAGAUAUAUAGGUUCUUGCAGUCUCAGCAUUUAUUAUCCAUUAUAUUAUCUCAGUAACCAAACUCUAGAAACGAAUAACUAUUUAUUUUCAAGACAUUCUCAACAUUCUUUGCCCAUUAGCUAAUCCCCAGCUCAAAGGAAAAAAGAUAAUGGCACAGCCCCGACAUUUGUACGAUCUUGUUCGGUUAUGAAAGCUGAUCUAGAAUAUCUGCAGUCCCAAAAAAAAAUAAGAAAUAAGAAAUACUUACCCUCGCAAGAAACAAGUUUAACUUCCUCGGGUUUCGAAAAAGAAUAAAAGGGGAAUUGCAUUCAAUAUGCAAAUGCGAGCGUUUAGCGAUAAAAGCCUAGUUACAUGUUAAAAUAGCAAAAGUAAAAGAAAAAUCGAGUGGGGAAAGAACGAACAGGCAACACCAGGAACAACAACAACAACAACAGCAUACAACAACAACAACAAAUAGCAACAACAAGAAGAAAAGACAACAGUAAAAUAGCUGGCGAGCCAGGCAAUUGUUGUUUGUUGGCCCUGUUCUGUUUUCUUACGGCCAGCUAUUUUCAGUUUCCUGGCUCGCAGCUAGAUUCUGAAAAUUGAUGUUGCAUGCAACACACCAACAGCAAAUAGCAACCAGCAACUACACAGCGAAAAUGUAGUGAUUAAAUACUUUGAUUAAAACUAAUUGAGGUUUCACGAGACUUGAAAAACAGGGUAACAUAUCUUUAAAAUAUGCAGCGUAUAAAAUUUCACUUAACAGCAAUUAAACAAAUGUUUGUAUGCUCUUUUAAAGAGCUUCAAUUUAUUUAUUUUGCAUUUUAAAUCAUCUCAUUUGUUCCCUGUGUAGAUCCAACACUAACCAGUCAGUCAGCAACGAAAGGCAACAGGCCCAAAAGUAUUUCUCUUGGCUUUACUUUUUUUUUCCUCCUUCUUCUCCUUUAUUUUGUCGUUUUUCCAGCAUUUUUUGUUGUUGUUGUUAUUUUCUGUUUUUUUUUUUUUAUUUUUUGUUUUUCCUCGUUUUCCCCGUUUGCAACGUUCAGUCGUUAGUUCAUCUUAACUGCUGCAUUUUGCUAUAACAAGCUCGACGUGUGUAGAAGAUACACCCGUGUAUCUGUAUCUGCAGCAGCUGUAGUCGCAUUCGUAUCUGUAUCUGUGACUGCGCGGGUUGGGAAAAAUAGGCAACGCAAAACAUCACAGAGCUCAUGUCUGGCCAAAAAGGAAAAUGGUAACAAAAAGCAGACCUUAGACGUUAGAAAACCGAAAACCCAGACCGUCUGCAGACAGUUGCUGUACGGGUUAAAAUUGGUUUCGGUUUUCCGUUUUUUUUUUUUUUUUGUGCUUCUUUCUCCUUUUGAGCCACAAUUACAUGUGCUAAUCAAUGGCAGAAAAA